GGAGCAAGGAAUGGCGCCUGGCUUCCUUGCAAAGCAAAACGCAAGAACAUCUCAGACAAUGAUUUUCUGCCUUGCUUUGGCGGCGAUCGAUCUUACCUUUCAGCCAAAGAAACGGCCGGAGCGCAGCUCAGCAUCAUCCUUCCCGGCGCGCGCGCAUAUAUGCCGGCCGCGCUCACGCCUUGACGCACCACAAAGGACCUCAGCCCAAAGCUAGCCCCAAACCCAUCUCCGAUCCCCAAACCCAGCCGAUCCGCCAGGGAGAAAGGUAAAGCAGCGGUCCAUGGCGUCAGGCGGGCAGCGGUCCAUGGCGUCGGCCCUCCUGUUCCUGAACCUCAUCAUGUACGUCGUCGUCGCGGCCAUCGCCGGCUGGGCCAUCAACUACAGCAUCGACGAGAGCAGGAACUCACUGCAGGGCGUGUCCCCGCCGGUGCGCCUGUUCCCGAUCUACUUCCCGAUCGGCAACCUGGCGACGGGGUUCUUCGUCGUCUUCGCGCUCCUCGCGGGCGUCGUCGGCAUCUCCACCUCCAUCACCGGGCUGCACGACGUCGGCCAGGGGCUCCCGGCCAACAUGAUGUCCGCCGCCGCCGCCGCGCUAGUCACCUGGACCCUCACCCUCCUCGCCAUGGGGCUGGCCUGCAAGGAGAUCACCGUCAGCUGGAGGCCCGCGAGCCUGCGCACCUUGGAGGCGUUCACCAUCAUCCUGGCCGGGACGCAGCUGCUCUGCGCCGGGUCGCUCCACGCCGGCGCGCACGCGGCCAUCCUCGCGACCCCCGUCGGCGGCAGGGUCUGAUGGCGUGAUCGACUGAGGCGGCGACGGCGGCGGCGGCGACGGACAUGUAUACGAGCGAACGUGUCAUCUUGGGCAGUGGUCGGCGGUCUACGCGAGCGCGAGUGAUCGAUGUGUGUGGCCGGUGGGUGCUUGAAAUUCGUGUGUGUGUUCUUCGCUUUUAAGGUGUUGGUGUUGGUAUUGGUCUCGUGGUGAAUUACUGAACAAUAUAUGGCGGUUCUUCAAAUUGCACUUUGCGCUCAUCGGAAAUUUUAAA